UUCUGCUGUGUCAUGCAAGAAGGAGGCGGCGGCGGCGGCGGCGGCGGCGGCAGCGGCCGAAGCUGGAGAGGGAGGAGGGGAGGAACCUGAUCCUCCGGUAGCGAAGGGCUGGAGGCAAACACCGAGCUCUCCCUGAGCCGCCCGGGAGCUGGGAGGGCUCUGCUACCCUGAGGGGCCCUCCCCGCGGGGCAGAGGAGCUCAAUGUCCAGACUCACUGAACCAUUCUUUGAGGUCACCCAAGUCUCCCAUCUCCUGACUCUCCAUAAGCGACUGGACUCAUAACUGGUUCCCUAUUGUGAACAUGGGGCUUGGAAUAAGGAGUGAGCUGAGUUGUAUUAAAGCCCAAGAAAGGAGCGAGAGAUAGACAAGAGAGGUGGGAAGACCCCAAAGAUGAUUAGAGCCUGCUUUCCCCAAACUCGUCAGGAGUGAUGGAGAUGAAUCACAAUAAAGUUGCUGAGAUCACAGUAUGGAUGCAGAUGGUUCUACAUAGUAACAUCGCUUUAGAUCAAAGAAGAGUGUUCCACUGACUGACCUCUUUUUGUUUUCAAAUGAAGAGCCAAGAAUAACACCACUUGGGAAGGUGAACAGGACAUAACUGAUGAACGUGAGGAACAUUUUAGUGGAUAAACCAAAUGACCAAUCUUCAAGAUGGUCUUCAGAGAGCAACUAUCCUCCCCAGUACUUGAUUCUGAAGCUUGAAAGGCCUGCUAUAGUUCAGAAUAUUACAUUUGGAAAAUAUGAGAAAACCCAUGUCUGUAAUUUGAAGAAAUUUAAAGUCUUUGGUGGAAUGAAUGAAGAAAAUAUGACAGAGCUGUUGUCCAGUGGCUUGAAGAAUGAUUAUAACAAAGAGACAUUUACCUUGAAACAUAAAAUUGAUGAACAGAUGUUCCCUUGUCGAUUCAUUAAAAUUGUUCCUCUUUUGUCUUGGGGACCCAGCUUUAAUUUUAGCAUUUGGUAUGUUGAACUUAGUGGCAUUGAUGAUCCUGAUAUAGUACAACCCUGUCUGAACUGGUACAGCAAGUACCGUGAACAGGAAGCAAUUCGCCUUUGCCUGAAACACUUCAGACAACAUAACUACACAGAGGCUUUUGAAUCCCUGCAAAAGAAAACCAGGAUUGCUUUGGAGCAUCCAAUGUUAACAGAUAUGCACGACAAACUGGUGUUGAAGGGUGACUUUGAUGCUUGUGAAGAGUUGAUUGAAAAAGCUGUAAAUGAUGGCUUGUUCAAUCAGUAUAUCAGUCAGCAGGAAUAUAAGCCACGAUGGAGUCAAAUCAUUCCUAAAAGCACCAAAGGUGAUGGAGAAGAUAACCGACCAGGAAUGAGAGGGGGCCAUCAGAUGGUUAUUGAUGUUCAGACAGAGACUGUUUAUUUGUUUGGUGGCUGGGAUGGAACACAAGAUCUUGCUGACUUCUGGGCAUACAGUGUGAAGGAGAACCAGUGGACAUGUAUCUCUAGAGAUACUGAGAAAGAGAAUGGUCCUAGUGCCAGAUCAUGUCAUAAAAUGUGCAUUGACAUUCAACGCAGGCAAAUCUACACUUUGGGACGUUACUUGGAUUCCUCUGUGAGGAACAGUAAAUCUCUGAAAAGUGACUUCUAUCGCUAUGACAUUGACACCAACACAUGGAUGUUACUAAGUGAAGAUACUGCUGCUGAUGGUGGACCGAAGUUGGUGUUUGAUCAUCAGAUGUGUAUGGACUCAGAAAAGCACAUGAUCUACACCUUUGGUGGUAGAAUUUUGACUUGUAAUGGCAGCGUAGAUGACAGCAGAGCCAGUGAACCUCAAUUCAGUGGGCUGUUUGCUUUCAACUGUCAAUGUCAAACCUGGAAACUUCUUCGAGAGGACUCCUGUAAUGCUGGGCCUGAGGACAUCCAGUCUCGGAUAGGACACUGCAUGCUGUUCCACUCAAAAAAUCGUUGCCUGUAUGUAUUUGGUGGCCAGCGAUCUAAGACCUAUUUGAAUGAUUUCUUUAGUUAUGAUGUGGACUCUGAUCAUGUAGACAUAAUAUCAGAUGGCACCAAGAAAGACUCUGGCAUGGUUCCAAUGACAGGAUUCACACAGAGAGCAACGAUUGACCCAGAACUGAAUGAAAUACAUGUCUUAUCCGGCCUUAGCAAAGACAAGGAGAAGAGGGAAGAGAAUGUCAGGAAUUCAUUUUGGAUUUAUGACAUUGUGAGGAAUAGUUGGUCAUGUGUCUAUAAGAAUGAUCAAGCUGCAAAAGAUAAUCCAAGUAAAAGCCUGCAAGAGGAAGAACCAUGCCCACGGUUUGCCCAUCAGCUUGUCUAUGAUGAGCUGCACAAGGUUCAUUAUUUAUUUGGUGGAAAUCCAGGAAAAUCUUGCUCUCCAAAGAUGAGACUAGAUGACUUCUGGUCACUGAAGUUGUGUAGACCUUCAAAAGAUUACUUACUGAGGCAUUGCAAGUACCUCAUAAGAAAACACAGGUUUGAAGAAAAGGCCCAAAUGGAUCCCCUUAGUGCUCUGAAAUAUUUACAAAAUGAUCUUUAUAUAACUGUGGAUCAUUCAGACCCGGAGGAGACAAAAGAGUUUCAACUCCUAGCCUCAGCUCUAUUCAAAUCUGGCUCAGAUUUUACAGCUCUAGGCUUUUCAGAUGUGGAUCACACCUAUGCUCAGAGAACUCAGCUCUUUGACACCUUAGUAAAUUUCUUUCCUGACAGCAUGACUCCUCCCAAAGGCAACCUGGUAGACCUCAUCACUCUGUAAACCAGGAAGGCAAGUUGAGGAGUUGCUGUGCUCAGAAGUGGAGAUGAGUCCCGAAUUCAGUGUUUGUAUUGGUGGAUGUGAAGUUGCAGUGACUGAGGACUGCAUCAGAGUUUUGAAGGAUCCUUAUCAUCACAAGUUUCAACCCACUUCCUUCAUACCUGACCUCAGUCCCCUUCUCAUAUUCCUGCAUUAGGCUAAUAAAGUGAAAUUGGUAUACUUCCCAUUUAAUUAUGUAUAU